AUGAACUUGCCUGCGGACCAUGCAAUGGAUGUGAUUAAUUGCAUGUCAACAAUCUUGACCUCCCGGGACUUUGGUAAUAAAUUAAGAGAAAUUCACAUCCGGAUUCUCAAUCCUGCACCUGAGCUUGGCAGCACAGCGAUUGUGAGAAACUGGAUCCUUACAAGUGCUCAAGCGAUUUACACAGAAGAGAUACAAGUACUUAUGGAAAAAGAGAGCAGGCUUUGCAUGAAUGCCACCCACCUUCACCCAACACAACUUGAAGAUGGAAGAAUCAGCAUGCUGAAGCCACUAUUCGAAUCUAAGGCACCAGCAGUGUGGGCCCUGAUCACCCAUUUACUUACUGUGGAAAGCAAGACAUGGGCAAGGCGCUGGGCGAAGCUGGCACCUCCAAGUGCUGAGAUGGGCAGUGGGAGAGAUGGGGGUGAUGAUGGGGAUCAUGUUAGUGCUGGAAAGCAGUUGAAGGGGAACUACAAUUACCCAGAGAGAAAUUAUGCUCUGCUCCAAAUUAAAGGUGUUGUAAUCAUGUCAAUUAUCCUGAAUAAUUACAAUAGCCAUUGCAAUGCUUUGCAAGUAAAAAACUCCUUCUAUUUGGCUGCCUCGAAUGCAUCGAAAUCGGUUCGUGCAUGGGCUGCACACUGCGGACUCGUGGUCUCCCUUUCAACCAGUGAGAGCCUUUGGACAUCACUGAUAAUCAAUCAGAAGGUCUUGAACAAAAGUCUUGGACCCACCUGUGUUACCAACAUUGCAUACGACAACUGUGACUUCAAGUUCAGCAUCGGCCAGUCAACAGACCUCAAAGAUUGGACAUUCAAAAGCAUCACAAUGGGCCUGUUUUUUGCGCCACCAAAGGAAGUGCUCCCUCAGCACUUAGAAUAUGCCCAAUGGUUAUGGGAUACUCACCCAAAUAAUCCCAAUGCCAUAAACGCCCCACCCACAAUCAGCCCCAUCGACGCUAUACUGAAGAGUGAAGCUUCAUUCAAGUUGGUGGAGCAUUUUCAGUGGCACAUUGCAUCAGUAUUAAUUGAACAGCACUUCCCAGAAAUGCGAUCACAUCUUAUCGACCUGCCAUCAACCUUCAGUUUGCCACCACAUAAAACGGAGUUCUCAACAGCAGAAGCUGUGUAUGCAAAAGCAUCUACCAUUGAUGGGAAUAUCGAGGCAAUAACAUCGCUUCUUGAUCAGAGUGGUAUUGUGAAGGAAGGAGUUUUUGAGAAAUAUGUCAUCCUUAUUCAUGGGGAUCUUGGGACGAUGGAGAAGAUUGACAGGAUCUUGAGCUUGCAGUGGAUUGAGGAAAAUGUGUUCAAAUGA